UAAAAAAUAUAAUUAUUAAAAAAAAUUAACAACUGAUAACAUUUCGAAAGAUUGUGAAGAAGAAUUGAGAAAUUAUUUCUCAUAGAAAAUAAUAUCUGCUAUAUAAUUUAAAUGUUAUUUCUUUACUCUUGGUUUAUUGUGUCUAAAAACCAAGUUAAUACCCUAUACUAAAAAUGAACUCCUUGUUGAGAAGAAUAGUUAUUCAACCAAUUACGACUAAUAUUAAAUUAAGCACAAGAUUAUUUUCCGAUACUACUAUCCGCGACAAAAUUGAUAAAAUUGUAAAGAACAACAAAGUGGUAGUGUUUAUGAAAGGUGUACCAGAUGCUCCUCGUUGUGGAUUCAGUAAUGCUGUCGUACAAAUUAUGAGAAUGCAUGCAGUUCCCUAUGAAAGUCAUGAUGUACUAACCGAUGAAAAUAUAAGACAAGGUAUAAAGGAGUAUACAAACUGGCCUACAAUACCACAAGUAUUUAUCAAUGGAGAGUUUGUUGGCGGUUGUGAUAUUAUGUUACAAAUGCAUCAAUCAGGAGAAUUGGUAGAUGAAUUAAAGAAAGUUGGUAUUAAAAGUGCUUUGUUGAGUGCUGAAGAAUCUAAAGCCAAUCAAGAAACAAACGAAGCAAAAUAAUUAUCGAUAAUUAGACUAGAAUGGCAAUGUAGGUUUAUGAUCUGAAGCUUAGUGACAUUAAAUAUAUUAAAUAGACGUAAACUAGUAUCAAUUUUCUUAAGAAUGACUUUUAAAACUUGUAAAUUUGAAUAUAUAUGAGAGUAUAAGAUUUAUCUUUUAAUAGAAUAAAUUUAAUUUAUGAAGGACAAUUGUUGAUUUAAAUAAUUUAAACAGAAUAAACUAUAUUGGUGAUAUGUUA